AUGCCCCGUUGUUCGCGGGAAAUGAAGCUUUCAGACCUGUACCAAUGGUCUGGAUGUCUCAUAUACUACCCAGUAUGUCUUGAUAGUCAUUUGGCUUCUGUUAAUCCAAGCAUCCCACUGCCUGCCCUCUACUAGACUCGCCUAAUUACCUUAUGGAAACUUGUUUGGAAGAACUACCUAUGUCUCUCUGUCGCUUUGAAUGUUAAAACUCAGGGAACACAGCCUUUUUAAUCAGAUCUAUCCGGCCCACAUUCCACGUAGCGAAGGGCCGUCUAUGUGAAAUUUGCAUUGUAACCGGAUCCUUGCAAUUGCUUACUCCUUCAUCCUUUUAGGUGUGACUACAGUGCUGUCUAACAAAGUUUCGAAUUUUGUAGGUCAGCGCCUGUGAAAAUAUCACUCGCCUGGUGUCUGAAAUAAAACAGCUGCUGAUUUUGGGUGACUUCUGUUGGUUGGAGAAGGUGACCAAGGCGGGUGCAGAGGAACGAGAGAGGAGACGGGCAGAACUCGAUGCGGUCGCAGUAAAACUCGCAGACGAGCUCGCUGCCGACCUCUUCACCCUGGAUGAUAAGUUGGGCACCACGGUGAAUCGCGCUGCGCCUUGCCCAACUUCGACUCACAGUGCAACCAACGAUUUGACGCCUAACGAACCUAAACCUGAACCUCUUUAA